AUGGCAGACACAAGCAUGCGAAUCACUGGGGGAGCAGUCAGAUUUGGAGCCACCUAUGGAGGCAACCGUCUGUUCUCAGGGGCCAGAAGUAUUGGAGGUUCUAGCGUCACUCUGUCCCGCUCGCUUGGCUUGGCAAGGGGAGCCGGAGCCGGGCUUGGCUUGGGGUUAGGGAUGGGCGGAGGCCUGGGCCUAGGUCUGGGUACUGGCAUGGGUGCUGGAGCAGGUCUCGGCCUGGGAGCAGGCUUGGGCCUUGGUGCUGCAGGUGCCAGAGCUGCAGGCUUCAGGGGAGGCAUGGCCCCACCGAGAGCUCGCCUGGGUGGCCGUGUCUUCAAGAUUGGAGGUUAUGGGUUCAAUCCCUCCUUCCUUAGCACCAGCACCACAGUAGAUGCUGGUGUCAGUUCAGUGCCCAGUAUUGACCCAUCUCUCCCAUCCCCGGACACAGUACAGGUCACACGCCUAAAGGAGAAAGAAGAGCUGCAAGCCCUUAAUGACAAAUUUGCUUCCUUUAUUGAUAAGGCACGCUCACUGGAGCAGCACAAUGCUGUGCUGAAAGCCAAGAUCUCCAUGUUCACCAACCCGGAGCAAGGCGGCCCUGCCAGCACCUCCAUCCUGCUCACCUCGGCCAUCGGGACCUACAAGUCCCAGAUCGAUAGCCUCACAUCCACUAAAGAGGCAAUCAUUGCCGAGAUUGAGCACUACAAAAGCAUCAUCGAUGACGUACAAACUAGAUAUGAAGAGGAAGCAGCUCAGACCAAAUCUCUAGAGAUGGACUGGACCACAUUAAAAGAGGAAGUGGAUAACCUGUUUCUUACCAUUUUUGAGCUACAAACAAGCAUUAGUGGCCUGGAAGACCAGAUUGCUCUGUCUAAGCAAGUGUAUGAUGCUAAAGUGAAAGAGGUGAGGAACAUUGUAACAGGCAGUGUGAAAUCAGCGGUCUCCAUCUCUGUGGACAACACAGCCCAAGCCCAGGACUUGACCUCUGCUCUGUCUGAAGUUAAAGCCCACUAUGAAACUCUGGCUCAACGCAGCAAACAGGAUGCUCUUCUGUCUGUGCAGGACAGUAUCUCCAUGAUGACCGUGUCGUCCCAACCCAGCAUUCAGUCCCUCACUGCUGUCAAGGAAGAUCUGCGUGUUUACAAAUUGCAGAUUGACUCGGUGCAGAGAGAAAUCGACCGUCUUAAAUCACUUAACAUCCAGCUAGAAUCUCAGGUGGACGAGGCUGAAACCCACUCAAGCUCCCACACUGACACCUACCAGGAACAAGUACUUGCCCUCAAGUCCCAGCUGGAUGACCUCAGAAAACAAAUUGCGCAAUAUGGACAAGAAUACCAGGAACUUCUGGCCAGCAAAAUGUCUCUGGAUGUUGAAAUCACAGCAUACAAGAAACUCCUGGACAGUGAGGAGAACAGGCUGAAGUCUGGGGGAGGUAUCACGGUGCACAUGUCGAAGACAGCAGUAGGUGGAGGAGCAGGAGGAGGAGCCGGAGCUGCUCUGGCCCUGGCUGGAGGAGUGGGGGUGUUGGGAGGAGGUCCCGGUCUGGGAGGCGGGUUAGGCUUCGGUCUGGGCCUGGGUGGAGGCCUGGGUGGAGGUCUGGGAGCAGGAUUGGGAGGAGGAUUUGGGCUUGGAGCAGGUGGGAGCAGUUACAUGUCCUCCAGCCUGAGCAGCAGUGCACUAUCAUCCACUGUACACUGAAGAAAUACCGCCACCCAGCCUCUUCCAUCCUCUUGAGUGGUACCGUAUUCCCAUACCUGGGGCACUGAGUGAAUAAGGCACACAUCCAUCCAGUUCUUGCCCCUCAGAUUGUGUGUGUGUGCAUGUGUGUGUAUGUGCAGUUGUCUUGUGUAUUCCAAAACAUUUCCUCACAUGGGUUUAGAUUUCAAAGCUUCUAUAAUAUAAUGAUAAUACUGUGAGAUUCUAAAGUCGUAUAUUCAGACUGAGGUUCUGCUGAAAUUAUUACUGCAAUUAAAAUCCCAAUAAAAUGUUUCAUCCA